AUGCCGGACGUCGAGGAGCCGCCGCUUCGUCCUGAGGACGCCGUCCACCUCCUGCCGCUCGAGGUCGGGCCGAGGACCUAUGUCGACAUCUUUCGCGCCGCCAUCCGCGAAGAGGUGGCCGAGUUCCUGGGCACCGCCAUGAUCCUGCUGUUCGGUGCGGGUGUCCAGUGCCAGGUGCAGCUCUACGGCGCGGGCAACUACGCAACCUGCUGCCUGGGAUGGGCGGCCGGUGUCGCUGUGGGCGCCUACAUCGCCGGACCCACCUCGGGCGGCCACAUUAACCCGGCCGUGACCAUCUCUCUGGCGCUGUUCCGCCGCUUUCCCAAGAACAAGGUGCCCAAGUACAUCCUCGCCCAGGUCCUCGGCGCCAUGUUUGGAGCCUGCACGAUCUACUUCAUCUACCGCGACACAAUCGUCAUUCUGGACCCCAACUCGACGUCGCCGCUGUUUGGCAGCAACUCGGCGGCGGGCAGCUUUGUCACGCACCCGGCGUCGAGCAUCAGCGGCUUCACGGCCUGGGUGUGCGAGUUUGGCGCGACGGCCAUUCUGGUCGGCGCCAUCUUUGCCCUGACCGACGCCCGCAACCCGACGGGCUUCUCGGUGCCGCUGGGUCUGUUCAUCCUCAUCCUCGGUAUCGGCGCCAGCUUUGGAGCGCAGACCGGCUACGCUAUCAACCCAGCUCGCGACUUUGGACCCCGUAUCGCGCUGACGCUGCUCGGAUAUGGUGGCGAGAUCUGGACGCACGACGCCGUGUACUGGCUCCGCGUGCCGUGGUUCGCGUGCCUGUCCGGAGGCGUGUUUGGCGGCUUUGUGUACGACUUCCUGCUCAACACGACCGAUCAGACCGUCUUCAACAACCCGCACAUUGAGCUGGCCUGA